AUGGGAAAGCCCCGAGACGAAAUGGUGAUUCCAUGGCCUUCUGGCGGCGACCGGCCUCUUGGACAAGCAUCAAAGACGAGUUUGGUGCCGAAUGGCGAAGAUGCUGGCGAUUGGGCGCAGUUCUCCCCAGGUGCGAACGAGACCUGCUUGUUGGUAGAUGGGGUGCUGGCGUUGGUCGACGCCGUGGUGGAUCGAUACGUGGCAUGCGGGUACGCCCUCGUCCGACCUCCUGGACACGACGCGCUUCAAGACAUGGGGUUUUGUAAUUUCAACAGCAUUGGCAUUACGGAGCAUUACCUGUUGCAGACGUAUCCGUCGUCCAUUCGUAAGGUGGUCAUUGUCGAUUACGACGUAUGCCAUGGCAACGGCACUUAA